UGUUAAUAGCUGCCGCCCAAAAUAAAGAUGGCGGCAGCAGGGCGACUCUGCGCAUGUCAGGAUUUCCAUGGCUAGUUGGACCGAACCCGGCGCCUCAGAGCGGGGGGAGAAUUACAGAGCCUGCGAGCUGCCUGGAAGGCGCACCUGAUGUGUAAGCGAGCAGAGCUAUGAAGGGGCAGCAGAAAGCGGCAGAGAUUGAGGAAGGCGCGGUCCGUGUACAGGAAGGUGCAGUGGCAACAGGUGAAGAUCCCACCAGUGUUGCGAUCGCUAGUAUCCAAUCAGCCGCCACCUUCUCAGAUCCCAGCGUUAAGUAUGUGUUCCGUACAGACAGCGGUGGCACGCAGGUAGGUGGCACAGGAAUCGUGAUGGAAGCGGUGUCCUGUCUGGCAGAGUGCGGUGACGGGGUAAUGUAUAGGGUCAUACAAGUAGCGGAGGGUCAGCUGGAUGGACAGACAGAAGGCUCCGGGGCCAUCAGUGGAUUCCCUGCAGCCCAGUCUAUGACCCAGGCUGUCAUCCAGGGGGCGUUUACCAGUGAUGAUACCGGCGAGAACGAUGUCUCGGCCACAGAGACCCAUUACACCUAUUUCCCCGCAGUGGCAGAUGCCGGUACAUCGGUGGGCGCCGGGGGCACAGCGACCACCGUGGUGACCACACAGAACAGCGAGGCUCUUCUAGGACAAGCUGCCUCCACGGGUGCAGGUCAGUUCUUUGUAAUGAUGUCUCCUCAAGAUGUCCUGCAGGGAGGGGCCCAGCGCUCCAUCGCCCCAAGAACGCAUCCGUACUCGCCGAAAUCAGACGGUCCUCGCACCACGCGGGAUGAGAAGAGGAGAGCGCAGCACAAUGAAGUGGAGCGCCGUCGUCGGGACAAGAUUAACAACUGGAUCGUUCAGCUGUCUAAGAUCAUCCCGGACUGCUCCAUGGAGAACACCAAGUCUGGCCAGAGUAAAGGUGGCAUACUCUCUAAGGCCUGUGACUACAUCCAGGAGUUGCGUCAGGGUAACAUGCGUCUGUCCGAGGAGCUGCAGAACCUGGAGCAGCUGCAGAUGGACAAUGAGCUGUUGCGACAGCAGGUGGAGGAUCUGAAGAAUAAGAAUCUCAUUCUCCGAGCGCAGCUCCGACACCACGGCGUGGAGAUAAUCAUCAAGAAUGACAGCCGCUGACGGGAGCGGCGCAGCUUCCAGCGACCCUCCUGCCUGGCGUCCAGCCCGCUGCUGCAGUGUGACCCCCCGGGGUGUCCCCGGAUCUGUAGAAAUGUAUAUUUGUCCAUUUUUGUACUUGUGUUGAAUGCUGGGUGCGGCCCUUUCCUUGUGCUGUACAGUCAUUGCCGUCUUGUUCUUUAUUUAUGGAGGGAGCCGCACUUCUUCCUCCUCUCCACCCUGCCCUAAUCCUCACAGGUGUGACCACUGUGCCGCCGCGCCUUCCAGGAGGACGGAGUAUGGUUUAUAUUCACAUAACAGAGACAGGUUCCACCCCUCCAGCGUAGCAGCCGGGCCUGGCACCUGUGCGAGUGGGUACAGAGAAAUGGCACCAGGACAAUGCGAGGAGGGGGGGGGGGGGGGGGCAUAUAACUCGCCCCCUGCCAUCCACUGCUCCCGCCCCUGCAGGCGCCCGGCCAAUCCCUACACUCACCGGUGUAUUAUCCUGAAUAAAUGCCAUAUUUAUACCACA